AUGUCGGUACAAACCAUUCGAGCGCGAGAGAAGCUGUACCUCACCAAAUUGAAGCUGGAUGUGAAUCAAGUAUUGAUGAUUAUAUGUGCGGGAUGGAAAUUGACUGCCAAACUUAUGGGCUUGACGUUCUACUCACUUGGUUUGCCGGUAGUUAAUUUAAGAGUAAUUGUAGUGCGAAUACUUCUGGAGAUCUGUCUUGAUCAGGGAACUGAAAUAGCAGCAUGUACGAUAGUCGCUAGCCCCUAUCUUCUAUUUAAGGGCUCGACUAAAACCGAGGAGAGAUCCACGAUUGUUAGAAUGUUUCUCCAAAGUCAUUUGAAGUGGGAGGGAGAGAAGAGGGAAAGUGGGUUGCGAUGGGAUAAAUUAGGAUUAGAAGCAAGAAAUGAAGUUCUGAACUGCUAUCGGAAGACAAAGCGCAACUUGAAGAAUAGUCGAACCAAAUCAAAUGCACGCUUUCUUACGAAAAUGUUAACCAUGGACUUAGCCGAUUUAUCGAGUAUCGCUAGUUUUUGUGAUGGACGAGGUGCAUCUAUGGAACCCGUCGUUUCGUGCGGGGAAAUCGCAAAGAUCGGGAUCAGUACUUCUUCAACAGAACCAGCAUUUCUUCAAUCUUCUUUGAGUGGUUUUGUUUCCGGCUUUGCGCCAAAGACAUUCCGUGAACUCUGCAAUGCAUCAAACCAGCCCAUUCCAACGAUCCUCAUCGGCGGAUAUAAUUCUCUAGGGUGGUGA